AUGACCGCCAAGCUCCCCAAACGCCAGCUUGGCAAGAAUGGACCAUGGGUGGAAGUGCCUGGGUUCGGCCUGAUGGGCAUCAGCGCUGCCUAUGGAAAACCUCGCCCCGACGAGGAGAGCUUGGCUGUUCUGGACCGCGCGUGGGAGCUGGGCUGCCGCCACUGGGACACGUCCGAUUUCUACGGCGGCAACGAGGCCCUGCUCGGCAAGUGGUUCAAGCUGCACCCGGAGCGGCGGGGCGACAUCUUUCUCGCAUCCAAGUUCGGCCUCUCAUUCGAGGCGGGCCGCAAGAUUGUGCGGAACAGCUCGCCCGACUAUUGCCGGAAGUGCCUGGAGGGCAGUCUUGAGCGCCUCGGGAUCGAGUCGAUCGAUCUCUACUACGUCCACCGCGUGGACGAUGUCACCCCGAUAGAGAAGACCAUGCAGGUUCUCGCCGAGGCCAAACGGCAAGGCAAGAUCAAGUUCAUCGGCCUCUCGUCGCCCUCCUCGGAGACUCUGCGCCGCGCCUGCGCCAUAGAGCACGUCGCCGCCGUCCAGGUCGAGUACAGUCCCUGGACGCUGGAUAUCGAGGGCGCGUCCGGCACGAACCUCCUCGCGACCUGCAGGGAGCUCGGCGUCGCCGUCGUCGCCUACUCGCCGCUGGGCCGGGGCAUGCUGACCGGCCAGAUCAAGUCGCCCGACGACUUCGAGCCGACCGACCUGCGGCGCCUGCUGCCGCGCUUCAGCAAGGAGAACUUUGGCAAGAACCUGCUCCUCGUGGACCAGUUCAAGCGCAAGGCCGCGGAGAAGGGGUGCACCGCCGGGCAGCUGGCGCUCGCCUGGGUGAUGGCGCAGGGCGAGGACUUCCAUCCCAUCCCCGGGACCAAGAACAUCAAGUACCUGGAGGAGAACGUCGGGUCCGCGCAGGUCGAGCUGUCGCCGAGCGAAGAGAAGGAGAUCAGGUCGUGGGUCGACGAGUUUGGCGGCAUUGCAGGCCUGAACGAGCCGCCGGGGAUGUUACAGGCCUUCGGAGACACGCCUCCUUUGUAA